CUACCCCUGGCCAGCAGGGGGCAGCAACGGGCGGAUUCAUCAGGUGAGGGCUGUUGGCGCUGCGCCGUGGAGUCACAGCUGCGUCUCCAGUCUCUCAAAGUUAGUUUUCUGCCGGAGCACCACAGACAUGGAGUCGUCGCUGGAGUUCUCCAGCUCUCUCGGGAGUAUUUCCUCCUUAAUCAGCCGCUGUCGGACCUUCAAGGUGCUGGUGAUCGGAGACUCCGGGGUGGGGAAGACGUGCCUGACGCACCGGCUGUGCGCCGGAGAGUUCCUCAGCAGAGUGGAAGCCACCAUCGGCGUGGACUUCCGCGAGAGAGUGUUGGAGGUUGAUGGAGAAAAAAUUAAGCUGCAGCUGUGGGACACGGCGGGACAGGAGCGCUUCAGGAAGUCGAUGGUGCAGCAGUACUACCGCAACGUUCACGCUGUGCUCUUCGUCUACGACGUCACCUGCCCCGCCAGCUUCAGAGGGCUGACCGCCUGGGUGGAGGAGUGUCGCCAGAACUCUUUGGGUCACGAAAUACCCAGAUUUCUGAUCGGGAGUAAGUGCGACCUUCGAGAUGCCAGUAAAGCGGACCGCCAGGUGAGCCAAGAGCUGGCGCUGAGCUUCGCCAAAUUCCACGGCAUGGUCUUCUUUGAAACGUCGGCCAAGAACUCGCUUAAUAAGAGCGUGAAAGGGCGGCACAGAAACAAGGAGACGGCGUUUCAGCGGGAUGAGGUGGAGGACAUCGUCUCUGCUGUUGGUGCUGCUCUGAAGAGACACAAGAAACCGUCCAGCGUGACGUCCCUGACGUACAGCGGCUCCUUCAAAAUCCUCCGAAGACGACCCGAGAAAGAGCCCUGGACUUGUUGCUGAUGUUUCCACAUUCAAUCUUCUUUUUUAUUAUUAGUCAUUUCAAAAAUGUGUUUGGAAAUCUGAACUUAACUUCUACCAUUUACAAAUCCAAAGUGUCCUUCCCACAGAGAGUUUUCUUAUUUCUACUUUUAAAAAUGGGAGAUGAUUCAGAAAUGUGUAUAUUUGUGCUUUUUAAUGUUUAUGACGGCUGCCAAAAUAAAAUACUGUGAUUCUAAACAUCCAGGUGAC